CAAAAUUAUCAAGAAACUUUCGCAAUUCAAUAUGAAAGUAAUACACGAUUGAAUCACAUUACAUGCCUCACAAUCUCGCGAAGAUCAAAAGAUUAGAAUGUUUUACAUGAAUGGCACUGUUUUUGACAAGCGGAAAUGGCUACCAUUUCUUCCCCUCCUACAUACUGGAAUAAGCAACAUGAUGAGAUUUUGGUUGACUAAGAGGAUUCUCCACGUUUUUGGCCCAUAGUUAGCUGAUAGGUCAUGUUAACAAAUUUGCUGGUCGAAAUCGCUACUUGUUUAUCAUCUAUAGCUUGCAAAUUAGUACCAUGCAAGAUGAGGGAAAUGGCUCGAUAGCAAAUGGGCAACCACAGGAGUUGGAAAAGAGCAAAGGAGAUGAACAAAAUAACUCAGUUCCAUUUCACAAACUCUUUUCAUUUGCAGAUUCCAAAGAUAUAAUUUUGAUGAUCAUCGGCACAGUUGGUGCUGUAGGGAAUGGGUUAAGUCUACCCUUGAUGAAUAUUUUUCUUGGGGAUACAAUUGAUGCUUUUGGACAAAACAAAGAUGUUUUGCAUGCUGUUUCCAAGGUGUCUCUAAAAUUUUUCUACCUGGGAUUAGGAGCCGCGCUAGCCUCAUUUCUGGAGGUGGCUUGUUGGAUGGUCACAGGAGAGAGACAGGCUGCAAGAAUAAGAGGUUUAUAUCUGAAAACUAUAUUAAGACAAGACAUUGCUUUCUUUGAUAAGGAAACAAACAGUGGAGAAGUCAUCGGUAGAAUGUCAGGUGAUACAGUUCUUAUUCAAGAUGCUAUGGGUGAAAAGGUUGGAAAAUUUAUACAACAUGUGUCCGCAUUUAUUGGAGGAUUUGUAAUAGCAUUUGUCAAAGGAUGGCUUCUUACUCUAGUCAUGAUAUCCUCUCUUCCCUUGUUUGUUCUAGCUGGUGCAACCAUGUCUAUCAUGAUAGCUAGGACAGCAUCCCGUGGGCAAACAGCUUAUGCAAAAGCAGCUAACAUAGUUGAACAAACUAUUGUCUCAAUCAGAACGGUUGCAUCGUUUACUGGGGAAAAGCAAGCAAUAAGUACUUACAAGAAGUUUCUUAUUGCUGCUUACCACUCAGGUUGUCAGGAGGGAUUAAUAAGUGGAAUGGGUCUUGGAUUGCUUUCGUUUAUCGUGUUCUCUAGUUACUCUUUGGCAAUAUGGUUUGGAGGAAAAAUGAUACUGGAAAAAGGAUACACAGGUGGACAAGUGAUUACUAUAAUCUUUGCUGUGCUGACAGGUGCCAUGUCCCCAGGGCAGGCGUCGCCCUGCAUGAGUGCAUUUGUUGCUGGACAAGCUGCUGCUUAUAAGAUGUUUGAGACCAUCGGUAGAGAGCCAGAUAUAGAUGCUUAUGACCCAAGUGGACAUGUAUUGGAUGAUAUCCGUGGGGAUAUUGAAUUAAGGGAAGUAUAUUUUAGUUAUCCGGCGAGACCUGAUGAGCAAAUGUUCAGUGGAUUCUGUCUUUCUAUUCCAAGCGGCACGACUGCAGCUUUGGUUGGAGAAAGUGGAAGUGGGAAAUCAACAGUUAUCAGUCUAAUAGAGAGAUUUUAUGAUCCACAAGCUGGUGCAAUUCUCAUUGAUGGCAUCAACCUUAAAGAGUAUCAACUUAAGUGGAUUAGGGCAAAGAUUGGACUUGUCAGCCAAGAACCUGUGUUAUUUACAUCCAGCAUUAGGGAUAAUAUUGCAUAUGGAAAAGAUGGAGUCACCACUGGAGAAAUUAAAGCUGCAGCUCAACUUGCUAAUGCUUCUAAAUUUAUUGAUAAAUUGCCUCAGGGUUUUAACACCAUGGUUGGUGAGCAUGGAACACUUCUCUCUGGCGGACAGAAGCAGAGAAUUGCAAUAGCCAGAGCAAUUCUGAAAGAUCCUAGAAUCUUACUUUUGGAUGAAGCUACUAGUGCACUUGAUGCAGAAUCUGAAAGAGUAGUUCAGGAAGCAUUAGACAAAAUUAUGGUCAGUAGAACAACAGUUAUUGUUGCUCAUCGUCUUACUACCGUUAGAAAUGCUGAUGAAAUUGCUGUCAUUCACCGAGGAAAAGUGGUCGAAAAAGGUUCACAUUCAGAACUACUUGCGGAUCCUGAUGGAGCAUACUCUCAGCUUAUAAGGCUGCAAGAAGUAAAUAAGGAAUCCCAAAAAGCUAUACAUGCACAUAAAAGAUCAGAGAUUUCUUUGGAGCAAGAUUCUAGUCAAAAAAUAUCAUUUCAACGUUCUAUUUCACUGCAACAAUCGAUCUCAUUGCAUCAACCGAUCUCAUUGUAUCGAUCCAUGAGUCAGGGAUCAUCAGGAGGAGAAAAUAGCCAUUUCCAUCCCUUGUCAGUCCCUUUUGGUUUACCUACAAGUCUUAAUGUGUCCGAAACUUCCAUAGUAGAACAAGAAGUUUCUCCACAACAGAACCAUUUUCCAGAAGUCCCACUCUACCGACUUGCAUAUCUCAACAAGCCUGAGAUUCCAGUGCUUAUAGCUGGUUCCAUUGCGGCAAUUAUCAUUGGUCUAACAUUUCCUAUGUUUGGUAUACUGAUUUCUAGAGUAAUUAAAACAUUUUUUGAACCACCUCAUGAGUUGAGGAAAAAUUCAAAAUUCUGGGCCAUCAUCUUUAUGAUAAUUGCCAUUAUUUCAUCUUUGGCAUGUAUUGCACAAUUAUACUUUUUUGCCGUGGCUGGGUCUAAGUUAAUUCAACGGAUCAGAUUAAUAUGCUUCGAGAAGGUGAUUAAUAUGGAGGUUGGUUGGUUCGAUGAGCCUGAGCACUCAACUGGUGCUCUUGGUGCAAGACUUUCGGCAGAUGCAGCAUCAGUGCGUGCCCUGGUCGGAGAUUCACUAGCUCAGCUUGUUCUAAAUAUUACAGCCGCAGUAGCAGGUGUUGUCAUCGCCUUCACUGCAAGCUGGCAACUGGCCUUAAUUAUUCUUGCGAUAAUUCCUCUCCUGGGAAUCAAUGGCUAUGUUCAACUGAAGUUCAUGAAAGGAUUCAGCGCAGAUGCAAAGAUGAUGUACGAGGAAGCAAGCCAAGUUGCAAAAGAUGCUGUUGGGAGUAUUAGAACUGUCGCAUCCUUCUGUGCAGAAGAGACGGUUAUGCAGCUAUAUAAAAAGAAAUGUGAAGGCCCUCUUAAGACAGGAAUUAGGCAAGGGCUUAUCAGUGGAGUAGGAUUUGGAGUAUCCUUCUUCUUGCUGUUUUCUGUUUAUGCAACCAGUUUUUAUGCAGGAGCUCAACUUGUCAAGAAUGGGAAAACAACAUUUUCAGACGUUUUUCAAGUUUUCUUCGCCUUAUCAAUGGGUGCUAUGGCCAUUUCUCAAUCAAGCACUUUUGCUCCAGAUUCUUCCAAGGCAAAGAAUGCUGCAGCUUCCAUAUUUUCAAUUUUAGAUAGAAAGUCACAGAUUGAUCCCAGCAAUGAGUUAGGAAUGACAUUAGACAAGGUGAGCGGAGAAAUUGAGCUUCAUCAUGUUAGCUUUAGGUAUCCAUGUAGACCCGAGAUUCAGAUUUUCCAGGACCUGAGCUUGACUAUUCUUUCUGGCCAGACAGUGGCACUAGUUGGAGAAAGUGGAAGUGGAAAAUCAACAGUCAUCUCAUUGUUACAAAGGUUUUAUGAUCCUGAUUCGGGUCAUAUAAGUCUAGAUGGAGUUGAAAUUCAAAAGCUCCAACUGAAGUGGUUGAGGCAGCAGAUGGGGCUUGUGAGCCAAGAACCAGUACUGUUUAACGAUACAAUCCGCGUCAACAUUGCAUAUGGAAAGGAUGGAAAUGCAACAGAGGCAGAAGUCGUAGCUGCAUCAGAAUCGGCCAAUGCACACAAGUUCAUCAGUAGCUUACAACAGGGGUAUGAUACUGUUGUAGGAGAAUGAGGAGUUCAAUUGUCAGGUGGGCAGAAACAAAGGGUAGCUAUAGCUCGUGCCGUAAUAAAAAGUCCAAAGAUACUGCUACUAGACGAGGCUACCAGCGCGUUAGAUGCGGAGUCUGAGAGAGUGGUUCAAGAUGCAUUAGACCGAGUGAUGGUGAACAAGACAACAGUUGUUAUAGCUCAUCGGUUAUCUACAAUCAAGAAUGCAGAUGUGGUUGUUGUGCUUAGAAAUGGUGCAAUUGUAGAGAAAGGAAAGCAUGAGAAUUUGAUCAAUAUCAGUAAUGGUUUCUAUGCUUCUUUAGUGGCACUUCACACGAGUGCUCAAACUUUAUGAGCUGUAAUUUCUCUUUGGACGUUAUUAUACUUUUGGUGACAAAUAAAUUUAUCAAAAUGAGCUUCUUAUUC